CGGCCCGCGCGGGUCCCGGUGGGCGCGAACCCACCAUGCAGCUGCAGUUCCGGAGCUGGAUGCUGGCUGCGCUCACGCUGCUAGUGGUCUUCCUCAUCUUCGCAGACAUCUCGGAGAUCGAAGAAGAAAUCGGGAAUUCUGGAGGCAGAGGUACAAUCAGAUCAGCUGUGAACAGCUUACAUAGCAAAUCUAAUAGAGCUGAAGUUGUAAUAAAUGGCUCCUCGUCGCCGGCUGUUGUCGACAGAAGUAAUGAAGGCUUUAAGCGCAACAUCCAACCAGCCUCAGCCAAAUGGAGACACAACCAAACACUCUCUCUGAGGAUCAGGAAGCAAAUCUUAAAGUUCUUGGAUGCUGAAAAGGACAUUUCUGUCCUCAAGGGGACCCUGAAACCCGGAGAUAUUAUUCAUUACAUCUUUGACCGAGACAGCACAAUGAACGUGUCCCAGAACCUCUAUGAGCUCCUCCCCAGAACCUCUCCACUGAAGAACAAGCACUUCGGGACUUGUGCCAUCGUGGGCAACUCCGGGGUCUUGCUGAACAGCGGCUGUGGGCAGGAGAUUGACACACACAGCUUUGUCAUCAGGUGCAACCUGGCCCCGGUGCAGGAGUACGCCCGGGAUGUGGGGCUCAAGACAGACCUGGUGACCAUGAACCCCUCCGUCAUCCAGCGGGCCUUUGAGGACUUGGUCAACGCCACGUGGCGGGAGAAGCUGCUGCAGAGGCUGCACAGCCUGAACGGCAGCAUCCUGUGGAUCCCCGCGUUCAUGGCCAGGGGCGGCAAGGAGCGGGUCGAGUGGGUCAACGAGCUCAUCCUGAAGCACCGCGUCAACGUGCGUACUGCAUACCCCUCUCUGCGCCUGCUGCACGCCGUCCGCGGAUACUGGCUGACUAACAAAGUUCACAUCAAAAGACCCACCACGGGCCUCUUGAUGUACACCCUGGCCACACGUUUCUGCAACCAGAUCUACCUCUAUGGCUUCUGGCCCUUUCCACUAGAUCAGAACCAGAACCCCGUCAAGUACCACUAUUACGACAGCCUCAAGUACGGCUACACUUCCCAGGCCGGUCCCCAUACCAUGCCCUUGGAGUUCAAGGCCCUGAAGAGCCUGCACGAGCAGGGAGCUUUGAAACUGACUGUCGGCCAGUGCGACGGGGCCACGUAAGGUGAGCGCCCCGUGGGACUCAGUGGCUCACAUUUCCUGCCAGCUACACCACAGGCAGAUGGGAGUCGGGGUGGCACAAACUCUAGAACAAGCAGGCUAGUGGUUUUCUUUGUUCAAGUGUAAAACAGUGACCAGAAUAUAUAUAUCUAUACCUGCAUAUAUAUAUUGACCUGAGUAUUUAUAACUGUGUGGUGUUCAUCUAGCAUUAGGCAGAUAAGCCACAGGAAGAAGGUGUGGAGAACCCACCUGGAUCAGAUUGAGACUCAGAGCUUCUUUGGUGGCAGAAGGACUUGACAGGAAAAGAAGUCAGUCCCAUGGCUUUGGGGGACACACUGCCUCCCAAGUUGGAGGGAUCUCUGGGCUCAUGGUUGAUUGGAGAACCACUUGUUGGCAGCUGCCCCCAGCCUCUGAGAAAUGUGGAUUCUGGGUGAGCCAAGACCAGAGGGGACAACUUGACCCAAGUCUAAACUGGUGCUGUUCCCAGGAAGAGGGAGGUUGGGACAUUGAGCCCAGCCAAGGAGCACAAGGUCGCCAAGGGGCAGAGGCCACGUCAGAGCUGAGGACUUGGUUCCAUGAACUUAGAGUUGAACUGCCCACAGCACGAACCACGGUUGACCCACCUGUCCCAGACCAGCCUCCAUAGCUCUGGAGAGAAGGCUGGAGAAGACACGGUGGACAGGUCCUAUUCUGGCUUUGCAAGAACCCCCAAGAACCUGGGAUGGAGCAGGCAGAUGACACUAAAUUGCCAGGGUGUUCCAAAUCAUGUUUUCCAAAACUCGCAGCUUCCUACUGAGAAUCAGCACUCCAGCCCCGAAUAAGGCAAAAGAGUGUCCAAAAUGUGGUGGUUGUUCUUUAAAGCCACUUGAGUGGUCAAGGAGGAAGGGACCCCGGGCUUUCAUCCUCAGGGUGAGCCUCCUUCCUGCUCUGUUAGAAUGUCACAGGAGGGACUGUGCUAUUACCUUCUGCCUCCAGGGAAGCCGCCGCAAAAGCUUGAAAGGGCACCGCAAAGAUAAAUGUCAUCCCUUUCAAAUAUAUAUGAUUGCCUUUCUGGGUGCCUCGGGAGCCCCAGAGGGUGAGGCCUGGAAGAAUGUUAAGCGUCCAGCUCCAUUUCUCUACAGCCACUGUGUUUGCUUUCUGCAUCCUGCACUCCAGGGGGGGGUGUCUCUGCAGCCAGACUGCUGUGUCAAUGUCACUUUCUUGUCACUUUCCUACCCUGAUCCUCAGACUCGCAAGCACUGAGCUCCAACACUGAGGUUUUCAGCUCUGUGGGGAGAGGUUCCAAUGUCCAUCCCCACCUCCUUCUUUUC